AGGAUCUUUCUUCUUGAUGAAUCUCGAGCGGUUGGCUAGCUGGAGAAGGCGAGUGAAUUAUUAUCUCCGUCCAUUCAAUGCCCCGGUACAUUUUAAGAAGUUUAUUUCGGAUAAGGUGGUAUGGAUCCGCUCCUUGUCAAGUAACUUCAUGUACUUUGGGGGAAUGGAAAAGAAUAUAUAAGGUGUGAAGUAUCUCGAUGAUUAAACUUUCUCACUCAUCUCAUCACAGUCUUGUACUUCUCUACAUUCUUUUGAACCUGUCGCUCUUUCGCAACUCACAUUCUUUUUUUUUACAUCCAACAUUCAUUCAAGAUGUACUCCGCAGCUGUGCUUGCAACUUUCUCCUUCCUUCUCGGCGCCGGCGCUCAACAAGUAGGAACCUUGAAAACCGAAACUCACCCUCCCUUGACAAUUCAAAAGUGUGCCGCCGGUGGAACCUGUACCGAUGAGGCCGACAGCAUCGUCCUCGAUGCCAACUGGAGAUGGCUUCACUCCACUUCCGGCUCCACCAACUGUUACACCGGUAACACUUGGGAUACCACUCUUUGCCCAGAUGCCGCUACAUGUACCGCCAACUGUGCUUUUGAUGGUGCCGAUUACGCGGGAACAUAUGGUAUCACCUCAAGUGGUGACUCUUUGAAGCUUAGCUUCGUUACUGGAAGCAAUGUUGGUUCCCGUACCUACCUCAUGGACUCUGAGACCACCUACAAGGAGUUUGCUCUUUUGGGUAACGAGUUUACCUUCACCGUCGAUGUUUCCAAGCUUCCUUGCGGUCUCAAUGGUGCUCUUUACUUCGUUCCUAUGGACGCCGACGGAGGAAUGUCCAAGCACGCUACCAACAAAGCAGGUGCCAAAUACGGUACCGGUUACUGCGAUGCUCAAUGUCCACAAGACAUGAAGUUCGUCAACGGCGGAGUAAGUUUUGAUUGAUAUCUUUCAUAUAUACCUCUUGUUAACAAUUUACUAGGCAAACAACGAAGGAUGGGUUCCCGAUAGCAACAGCGCCAACUCUGGAACUGGUAACAUCGGAUCAUGCUGCACUGAGUUUGAUGUCUGGGAAGCCAACUCUAUGUCCCAAGCUCUUACUCCUCACACCUGCACAGUCGACGGACCAACUGCUUGCACUGGUGCUGACUGUACUGGAAACACUGGUGUCUGUGAUGCAGAUGGAUGUGAUUUCAACCCAUACAGAAUGGGUAACACCACAUUCUAUGGAAGCGGAAAGACCAUUGAUACCACCAAGCCAUUCAGCGUCGUUACUCAAUUCAUUACUGACGACGGAACUGAGACUGGAACCCUUACUGAGAUCAAGCGUUUCUAUGUUCAAGGCGAUGUUGUCUAUGAACAACCAAACUCCGACAUCUCUGGUGUUUCUGGAAACUCCAUUACCGACGACUUCUGCAGUGCUCAAAAGAAGGCUUUCGGAGACACUGAUUACUUCAGCCAAAAGGGUGGUAUGGCCGCUAUGGGUAAAAAGAUGGCUGAUGGUAUGGUUCUUGUUCUCUCCAUCUGGGAUGAUUACAACGUAAACAUGCUUUGGCUCGACAGUGACUACCCAACCACCAAGAAGGCUUCUACUCCAGGUGUUUCCCGUGGAUCUUGCGCAACCACCUCAGGUGUCCCCGCUACUGUUGAGGCUGCUUCAGGAUCUGCUUAUGUUACAUUCUCCAGCAUCAAGUAUGGACCUAUCGGUUCGACCUUCAAAGCCCCAGCUGGCAGCUCUUCCCCCGCCCCUGUCGCCGCAGUUGUUUCUACUCCAUCUCACCCAGCCGUCUCAUCUAGCCAAGCCGUCAGCCCAGCCGUCAGCUCAGCUGUCUCAUCUAGCAAAGCCGUCAGCCCAGCCGUCUCCACUCCCCAAGCUGUCUCAUCUGCCCCAGAAGUUCCUGCAUCCUCCUCCGCCGCCCAAAGCGUCGCAUCCACAUCCACCAAGCCAAAGUGCAGCAAAGCUAGCCAAUCCAGCACUCUCGUAACAUCUGUUGCUGCACCAGCCACUACUUCGGCAUCAGCCCCAGUUGUUGCUACUAGCGCUGCUUCUUCAUCUGGUUCCGUUCCUUUGUACGGUAACUGCACUGGUGGAAAGACUUGCUCUGAGGGUACUUGUGUUGUUCAAAACUCAUGGUACUCUCAAUGUGUUGCUUCCUCUUAAGUGGAUGCACAUCUAGAGAAAAUAAAACGAUUAUACUAGACUAGCACGCUCAUGGAUUGGGUGGAAGAGGAGGAUGAAAGCUACUGUACACUUUGUACAAGCCGGGUUGAAGAUUUUGGUUCUUGUUUUGUAUAUAUUAGAGUUGAGAGUUGGUGUCGUGUAUAAAUUAACGAAAACGAAGAAAUAAGAAGUUUUCAUAUAUAUU